CAGAAUCAAACACCACCACUAGCAGCCGCGAGGUAAACACUUGGCAUCUGCCACGUUAAACAGUCAAAGUGCCCGUCUUUAGUGGUAUGGACCUGAAAACUGACCUGAGGCUUUGUUCGCUGCUUCCAUUGUUCUUUGUCCAUUGGACAGCCUGCAGUGCAGAUGCUUCUUUAGAAACCAAUCACAUUACAAAUUUUCUCUUGGAAGUUGGCCCACCACAGAAUUUACAGAUAAUUGACCAUGGUCAUCUUGGAGAACUUCACAUACAAUGGCAGGCACCAAUUUUCUUCAAGACUGAAGAUGAGUGUCUGCUCUGGUAUGGGCUACAUUACUAUAGUCCAGAUCAAAAACGAUGGAAGAGAGUGACAACGAAACUCUUAAAGUUUAUUGUACACUUUAAUCUGGAGAAAGAAGUGAAGGCGAAAGUUCAAAGCAUUUUGACUGGCAAAUGCGUAAAUGGCACAGAAUUAAGAAGUGUUUGGGUUGAAACAGCUCUUCAUCCUUCCUUACAAGGGAAUGUUGAUUCCAAAAUUAAAAAUAUGUCUUGCUUUUACUAUAAUCGGGAACGCCUUGAAUGCAGGUGGCAGAAAGGGAAUAAAGUCCCCAGUCAUGGUUAUAAUUAUUACUUGUACUACUGGCACAAGAAAAUGGAUCAUGCAUUGGAAUGUAGUAACUAUAUAAAAUCUGAUGGGUAUAACAUAGGCUGCAACUUUGCUGGUGCUUACCUCAUUGAGUUCACUGACUUGAAUAUAUGUGUUAAUGGUUCGUCCUCACAUGGAAACAUGAGAGCUGCAUAUUUCACAUAUGAACUUCAGAAUAUAGUUAAAGUGGACAUGAUAGAUAAAUUGAAUUUAACUUUAGAAAAUAAAAGAAUACACCUGGAAUGGAGUGUGGCUUCCUUCAAAAUCCCACAUCAUUGUUUGGAAUAUGAAGUUCAAUACAUGAAAAACACAAAAGAAUGGAAGGCAAUUUUCACAGAUGAAACUAAAAUCUCUUUAUUUAAUCUGCGUCAAUGGAAUUCAUUGUGUUUCAGAAUAAGGAGUAAAAUAAAUAUGUAUUGUGCAGACAAUAACAUCUGGAGCGACUGGAGCCCAGUAAAGUGCUUGUUGGUUUAACUUCACGCCUAUGCUGUUGGAUUCCUUGAACAUGUUAAUUCUUUUGUGUUAAUCCCUUUAUAUUGCGAGGACUGAAUGCACCAUGAUUACUGAUGAGAAGCGUAAAAAGAUUACAUGCUCGAAAAUAUGUUAUAGUCCACGAGCUAAGGUCUGCAGUGCACCACGGCUGUCAUUCUUUAAUCUAUGACCAUUGUUUUGUUCUGUGCACUGACAAAUAGAUACAAUAUCAUGUCUGACAAGUGUGUGAGGAUUUUAGAAACCACAUCCCAAUUGCUCUAACAGCAAUGGGAAUUACAACAGUAGUUCCAUUGGAUUGACCAUUCAUAGCCUGUCAUUAACCUUGCUUUUUAUAUUAUAUACCUCAUGUAAUGUAUAUACUGUAGAAUAGUAUUUAAAUUAAACAAUUAACUGUAGCCUGCUUGCCUGAAAUCAUAGACAUGCAUUUACAUUUAAAGUGGAAUUGCAUGCUCAAAAAAGGACCAGAUAAGUUCUUGCCAGUCUUGCCAUUAAAAGUUUUCAUUUACAUUCGAUUCACAUUCAGCCUUACUGUCAUUUGUAAAAUUCACAGUUGGGAGUGUGUGAGUAAGACAUAGCAAUACGUUUAUAAUGUUUAUAUGUGUUCUGACAACACUGUAACCUCAAAUGAAAAUAGGUGGGCACUAACAGUGGACAGGUGAACUGUAUGGAUAGAAGAACUUUGUAGCCUUUUUAAAAAUAACCUCUGGCCAUUACAGUUGUCACCGAGGUGCACUGAUUACAAUAAUCUCUUGACAUACAAUUAUCUACUGUCACAAACUUGACCACAAGUCAUAGUAAGGUUUGGGGCAGCCAACCAUAUAAUUGGUAUCCUGGCUGCAAAAUCAUAAAAAUGUUACACAGCACUGAUGUGCAGAAAACCGAAUCGAAAACAGAACUGAGGGAAUAGGGAAAAGGUGGAGGCUUUUAAAGGGGAAGACAGGAAGUGAGGUCAAAGGGAUCGGGCUCAUAAGGGUCUUCAGCAAUAGGCUCGAGCCCGGACGUGACAUCACAGGGGCCGGAGCUAGCAAGGUCUUCUUCCAUAGGCUCGGACCCGAAGUGAUGUCAAGAGGGCCAGGUGGAAUCUCCCGUGAAUGGUCUGCAGGAAAGAGAAAAAAAAGAGUCAGUGCAAUCUGCCACAUCCUGGUCUGAUUCGGAAUUGCCCUUAUUCAAGCCUUUUAGCUGCCUCCCAUGUGCAUGUGUGUGACACUACUGAUUUAUAGAAAAAACUUAUAUAUAUGGUACACUGUUUAUGUAUAUUAUAAACGUUUUUCACCUCCUUGGAAGUGUUCACUUUUUAUUAUGAUAUAACAUUGAAUCACAGUGGAUUUAAUUUGGUUUCUUUGACAUUCAACAACAGAAAAAAGAUUCUUUAAUGUCAAAGUGAAAACAGAUCUCUGCCAAGUGGUCCAAAUUAAUUACAAAUAUAAAACACAAAAUAAUUGAUCACCAAAGUAUUCCUUUAUGUCAGUAUUUACCGUAUAUACACACAUAUAAUUCAGGUCUUGAAACCCGAAAAAUCGAUCAUAAAAUCAGACCCCGACUUAUACGCCCGUUCAAAUAUAGGACACAAUUUUUUUUUAACAUCUUCUUGCCUCCUCCAAUCUCACAUCAGUUUUCACAUUGAAUUUUGUUCGAGCAGCACAUUUACCAAUUUCUUCCGCUACUUCAACGACAUUUAAUUUAAAACCAGCUUCAUAUUUUCUUCUGAUCGAUCGCUCCAUCAUAGAUAAGGAAUGCUCUUUCAAUAAAGGUGUAUGAGGGUGUGAGAUACAAAAAACACAAAACAGUGGAAACAUCGCUUCAGAACAGUUUGGUAUUAUUGUGUGAUCACAUAGGCACAAUACAUAGAAAAAAAGAAAGUGUGCUCUCUCAGGUGGGCAUUAGCAUAUCAUAAUCUCUUGGACCAAUAGCGUGAGUUUUCCGCAUUCGAUUUAUACGACUGACAUUAUAAAAUACCAGAAAUUAUACGAUAGAAUCAAUUCCCGACUUACCCGCAAGUAUAUACGGUAGUUGAUGCACCUUUGGCAGCCAUGACACCUUUGAGCCUGCAUCUAUGAGUCUCCAUCAGCACACUGCACUUUUUCUUCUUUGCAAAAAUGCUCAAGCCCUGUCAGUCGUCAAGGGCAUUGUGAGUGAACGAUCUUUUUCAAGUCCAGCUGCAAAUUCUCAGUUGAAUUGACUGGACUCUGACACAGCCACUCCAUGACAUUAACAAGGAGCCAUUGCUCUGUAGCUUUGGCUUCAUUGUUGUUGUUGUUGUUGUCUUGCUAGAAAGCAAAUCUUCUUCUAAGACUCAGGAUUCUAGCUGAUUUCCCUGUACUUUGCUGCAUUAAUUUUACCCUCACAAUCAUUCCAGUGUCUGCUUGCAGAGAAACAUCCCCACAGUGUGAUGCUGCCACAACCAGGCUUCAUUGUAGGGAUGCUGUGUUUUUGAUAAAGUGCAGCAUUUGCUUUACACAAAACAUGCUGUUUAGUCUGAUGGCCAAAAAGCUCAAUUAUAGUCUCAUCAGAUCAUAAAACUUUCUUCCAACUGACUUCAGAGUCUCCCAUUUUCCAUUUGGCAAAAUCAGUGUAUUUUUAACAGCGGCUUUCCCUACUCUGUGACUGCUAAAUCACCCGGGCACAGUUGUUGUCUGCCUGAGGAACCAUAGCUUGUCACUUCUUCAGAGCAUCUUGGUGGCCUCCAUCACUGGUCUUCUUGCACAAUCACUCAGUUUUUGUGAAUGGCCUGCUUUAGGCACAUGUACAGUUAUGUCAUACUGUUUCCACUUGUUAAUGGUUGAUUUAACUGGACCACAAGGGAUAUUCAGUGACUUGGAUAUUUUCUUGAAUCCUGUGGUUGAGCAAGGAUCUACAAGUUCCCACAGUAAAAUGUUGGGGCACCAACAGUCGAUUCUGUUUCAUAAAUCACACAAAACUAAAAAAAAAAUGCUGCAAUGCCCACCUCUACAAUAUCGCCAAAGGCACAGCGAAUAAGCUGGUUCUUUCUCCUUAAUUGUUCAGGCUUUGGAGCUCCUUUCUUUGGUCAUUAUUUCAAUACCUACCACCUCCUUCUGGCAAGAGGUGUGUUUUAAUGGCAGGAAACUGGAAGGGAUGGAUUCAGUUGCCCUCACUAGGUGUCUUCUUGGUACUGUUGGGGAAAAAAGAAGAGGGGAAGGUUAGAGUGAGUGCCCCCUCUCGGCCUGGGGUAGUAAUACCUGCUUCAGAUAAGCCCAGUGAGUGAUCCACAGACACGCAUGCAUGAAAAAUCCAUCUCCUGACUAGUGCUUUGCAGUCCAUUAUCAUGCACUGACUUGGAGAGUUGUUUUGUCUUCAUUGUGUAGGCCACUUUACUGACUCAGCACAGGUUGCACCCCCAGAUAAGGUGCAUUUAUACUAUAAGGCACUGGAACCCCAGACAGGUGAUCUCCAUGGAAUUAAUUUUGGGACUCCUAAAACCAAUCAGCUGCACUAGCAAUGAUUUUGAGGUGUCCUGUUAAAUAGGGUGUUUGAUUAUGUGAGUAAUUAUUUUGUGUUUUUGACUUAAUACAUUUACAUUAAACUGAUUUUUUUUUUUGAUCAGUGUCAAAAAAGUCAAAUUAAAUCCCCUGUGAUUCAAUGCUGUAUAACGAGAACUUCCAAGGGGGUGGAUACUUUUCAUAGGUGCUGUUUAUAUAAACAAAUUUUGUUAAAAUAAUUUAAUAAAGAGCAAUCAAAAUGAGUUCUGAGGUGUGACUUUCUGAUCAUUGAGUGAGCAGCUGUCUGAGCAGUAUCAUUGUCUAAAUAUAAAGAGUAAACAUGUGAAAUAAUAGAAAAAUGCCUUCAUAUUUUAUAUUGAUUUUAUAAAAAUAUUUUGCUGUGGGAUUGUUUCGAAUUGCUGAUCAUUUCAAUGCUGUCACUACCCCAGCCCUUCAUAGUGUGCAGCCAUUA